AUGUAAUAAGGAGAGGAAACAUAAGGGAAAAAGGAUAAUGAAAAUACACAUAAUAUUUAAGUGUAGAAUUUAAUGGACAAAAUUAAGAUUCUUUUAAUAAUGAGAUAAUUAAAAGAAGAUAGUAUACCUAUUGAAAUAAUUCCUAAUCUUUAUUUAGGAUGUUUAGGAUGUGCAUUAAAUAAAAAAAAACUAUUGGAAUGUAAAUCUGAAAGAUAGUAUUGAUAGAAAAUAUUAAAUUUAUUCUAUCAGCUUGUGAAAUGCCAAAAGCACCAUUUUCUUAAGAUUUCACAUCUCUAAUCAUUAAUAUUAAUGAUAGUGUUGAUCAAGACAUUAAAUCAAAAUUUGAAGAAUCUAAUUAAUUCAUAGAAAAUGCUCUUAAUUCUAAAUAAAAUAUACUUGUACAUUGGUAUUUAUGUUAAUUAUAUAGUUUUGCUGGAAAAUCAAGAUCAACUACAUUCAUAAUUGCAUAUUUAAUUAAAAACCAUAAAAUGACUGUUAAUGAUGCUUUGGAAUUAGUUAAAACUAAAAGAUAAAUUGCUUAACCAAAUACAGGAUUUAUGAAAUAACUUUAAUAAUAUUAUGAUACAUUAUACAAUAAUAAUAUUGAUUAGAAACAGUAAGAAUGA